ACGACGCUCCUCGACGCACUCCGCGGCGCGCGCACGGCCGAGGCCGAGGCCGGCGGCAUCACGCAGCGGCUCAGCGCGUUCGUCGCGCGCGACGCCGUCGGCGGCGGCGGCGACGUCGCGGCGGCGACGUUCCUCGACACGCCGGGCCACGCGGCCUUCUCGAAGAUGCGCGAGACGUCGACGCGCGCCGUCGACAUCGCCGUCGUCGUCGUCGCCGCGGACGACGGCGUCAUGCCCCAGACCGUCGAGGCCGUGGACCACGCGCGCGCGGCGCGCGCGCAGAUCGUCGUCGCCGUGACCAAGGUCGACGCGGUCGGCGGCGACGCCGCGCGGGCCGAGGCCGUCGCGCGCGUCCGCGGCGAGCUCCGGGAGCGCUGCGGCGUCGCCACGGAGGCCGACGGCGGCGACGUGCCCCUCGUCGCGCUGAGCGCGCGGACGGGCGAGGGCCUCGGCGACCUCCGGGAGACGCUCGCGCUCCAGAGCGAGGUCCUGGACCUCCGCGCC